GUGGCCGGACUUUUUUGCCAGAAUCUGCCGAAAGAACCGCCUGGCCCAAUGAGGUUAUCUAUCAUUAUUUAUCUAAUCUGGCUCCUGACGUCCAUGAGCAGCCAUGAGCAGUGCUAUCGGUCCUUGGCGUCUCCUGCGAAGCCACUAUCUGGUCAGGACACAGACAUGCUACCCACCGCUGCCUAUCCUUGCAAUUCCUCUCUCCUUCACAGGCACCACAUCCUACUCAACCCAAAUCCCCCGCAAACUUCCCCCGCGCGCGACCAUAACGAUGUCUAAGUUCACUCAGGUCAAUGUACCUGCAACUGGAAAGACAAUCUCUGUUCCCACCGGUCUCUUUAUCAAUAACGAGUUUGUGCCGUCUGUGGACUCCCAGGAAACUAUCCAGUGCAUCAACCCAGCAACUGAGGAACCCAUCUGCUCCGUGGUAGCGGGUUCCGCAAAGGACGUUGACGUUGCUGUCGCUGCUGCACGCUCCGCCCUAAAGACUACAUGGGGAAAGAAUGUCUCCGGCUUCGAGCGUUCCCGUCUCUUGAACAAACUCGCAGAUCUCAUCGAACGAGAUGCUCAAGAGCUGGCGGAACUCGAAGCUCUGAACAAUGGUAAACCGGUCAAGAUUGCCAGGGACUUCGAUAUUGGUGACAGCGUAGGUUGUUUGAGAUACUACGCCGGUUGGGCGGACAAGAUCGUAGGCCAGUCCAUCGACAUCGAUAACAAGACUAAACUCGCGUUUACUAAACAUGAGCCAAUCGGUGUUUGUGGUCAGAUCAUCCCUUGGAACUACCCAAUUAUGAUGUGGGCUUGGAAGGUCGCGCCUGCCCUUGCGUGUGGUUGCACCAUCGUCAUGAAACCCUCGGAAUUCACGCCGCUGACUGCUCUCAAACUCUCUGAACUCGUUGUAGAGGCUGGUUUCCCUCCUGGCGUCGUGAACACAGUACCGGCCCUUGGAUCCGUAGGAGGCGCAGCGCUUGCUGCUCAUCCUGGAGUGGACAAAAUCGCCUUUACAGGAAGCACCGUCACUGGUCGGAAGAUUAUGGAAGCGGCGGCGAAAAGUAACUUGAAGAAGGUAUCUCUGGAGCUCGGUGGAAAAUCGCCUCAGCUCAUCUUUGAAUCUGCUGAUAUCGAUCAAGCGGCGAACUGGGCAGCACUUGGCAUCCUCUACAACACCGGCCAAGAUUGCACCGCUGGUUCUCGUGUAUACGUCCAAGAUAGCAUCUACGACAAGUUCCUCCAGACUUUGAUUGAGAAAGCCAAGGCUUUGAACAUUGGCAAUGGCUUUGAUGAGAAGUCCGGCGGAGGACCAGUAGUGUCGAAGGUUCAGUAUGAUAAGAUUUGGUCAUACAUUGACGCUGGCAAACAGGAGGGAGCCAAAUGUGUCCUCGGUGGCGAGAAGCGGCCGGGCAAGGGCUACUUCGUGGAUCCCACCAUUUUCACCGAAAUAAAGCCCGGCAUGAAGAUUGUGAAGGAUGAAAUCUUCGGGCCUGUGCUCUCCGUUGGUAGAUUCAAGACCGAGGAGGAAGCCAUCAAUCUUGCCAACGACACCACAUAUGGUCUAGGCGCUGGGUUACACUCUAACGACGCCGGCCAAUGCAUGCGAGUCUCACAAGCACUUGAAGCGGGGACAGUGUGGGUGAACCAGUACAACCUGUUGUACAACAACGUACCAUUUGGAGGCAAGAAGCAGAGUGGCAUUGGCAGAGAACUUGGCAGCUAUGCCCUUGACGAGUAUACGUCCGUCAAGGCGAUUCAAUGGAACUACGGUGAGAAACUUGACUGGCCACUUUGAGGCCGUGAUUUCGCGCCUUUCUCGUUAUCAAUCGCGGUAUGAAGGCGAUUCCAAUGUAUGAUUAUAUAUAUGAGAGGUUUUUGAGUAGCAGAGGCAGGAUGUGUCACAACCUUGGUCUCACGUGCUGUUUCCCAGUGGAUAUGUAUUACAUAGCUAGGAGCUCGAAAUUCCAUCAGUCCCAGAUUCAUAUUUAGUCAGUGUUUCAAUGCCAGAGAAUAUUAAGAUGCGAUGUAAUGACUUGUCG